AUGGAGAUCUUCGCCGACGUCGUCACGAAGACCGAUGAGAACUUUUGUGCCCUAUGCACCAACGAGAAGGACAUCGGCAAAUCUGGCAAGCCCCUCCACCACAAAGGGUCAUCCUUCCAUCGUAUAAUCCCCAAUUUCAUUUGUCAGAGCAGUGACUUCACUGCGGGUAACGACGGCAAGUCGAUCUACGACGCCAAGUUUACCGACGAGAACAUCAUGAGAAAGCACACCGGGACCUGUCAAUGGCGAAGGCUGUUCCGGGGACAAAUGACACGUACUUUUUCAUCUGCACGACAAGGACGAAGUGGCUUGACAAUAAGCACGUGGUGUUCGGGCAGGUGGUGGAGGAGUACGACAUAUUGA